AUGUCCGUACACCUCACCCCAUCCAGCUCUCUGGGCUUUAACAGACCAUUUACCAACUCCAUCAAACGCAUACUAACAAUUUCGAACAACAAUGCCCAACCGGUCGCCUUCAAGGUCAAGACGACCGCACCAAAACUGUACUGCGUGCGCCCCAAUACUGGCAGAAUUGAGCCAGGCGACAGUGUUGACGUCUCUGUCAUGCUUCAGCAAAUGAAGGAGGAGCCCCCUCUAUCCGCAAAGUGCAAAGACAAGUUCCUUGUCCAAAGUACCUUCAUCACUCCUGAAAAAGAGACGAGGGGUCUGCAAGACAUCUGGAAUGUCGCCGAUUCAAGUGACGAGUGGAAGGUUCACUCGCAGAAGUUGCGUGUGGUUUACCUGCCUCCUGAAGGCCAAGUGCUUGAGGAGGAGGAAGAGGCUAUCAGCCGCGAGCCUUCCGGCAUUCAUUACGGAGUGGAAAAGGAGGGCAACGGCCACACCCCAAUCGUGCCUCAGUUUCAGCACGAGGAGAGCUCACCAGAACAGCACCGUGAUGCUCCGGAACGUAUUUUUACGCCGCCACCCGAACAGCAGGUCAUGCACGAUUCACUCGAAGAGCAAGCUGACCGGCCCGACUUCGGCGUCGUUAAUGUGAACGUGCACUCCGCCACCCCGCCAGCACCAGCACCAGCACCUCCAGUUAUUAACCGGGAGCUCGAAGAGAAGUACAAGGAGGCACAGGCGGAGAUUCAACGGCUGCGUGCACUCCUGGCUGCCGUUCCCGAUCCUAGCUCAAUAGCAGACAAUGAGUCUGUCGACCCCUCCACGGUGGCCCCCACCGAGCUGAGGCGCCGUCAUGCCACCUCUGCCAUUUCCGAAGAUGGCCGGAGUACUUACUCCAGGUCGGAAGUUGGCACGAUGGUGGACGAUCAUGCUGUGCAUCAGGAAGGCGUCCCGUUGCAAGUGGUCAUCAUCAUUGCUGUCGGCGUCUUCGUCACGACAUAUCUGUUCUUUUAA